UUGGGAAAACAAUCCUUAACUUUGAUUGAAUUAUCAACAAUAAUUUGUGACUGCGAAGCAAUCAUUAACAGCCGACCAUUGACAUACGUAGCAACAGCUGAUGACUCUCUUAAACCACUUACUCCAAUGAUGUUUCUACAUCCCUUAGAUAAUAGUGAGAUGCCUGAUUUAGAUCUGAUUGAUGCAAAAAACAUAAAUAUUCGUUUACAAUAUCUAAACAAAUUACGUGCAGAUUUUCGACAACGUUUUAGAAACGAAUAUAUUGCUUUAAUUUGUAGUAAAGAUAGACGUAAACAAAAUUUGCCGAAAUUAAACGAUAUUGUUCUUAUUGAAACUGACACUAGUCGGCUAUAUUGGCCAUUAGGUAUUAUAAAGGAGUUAAUUAUAGGUGCUGAUGGUAAUUGUAGAGUUGCAAAAGUACAAACAGCUACCGGUGAAUUGGUUAGAGCUGUACAAAGUCUUUACCCACUGGAAUUAACAACAGUUACAAACGAAUGGCACAGGGCCAGUCCAUCUACUAAUAGAAAUAAGACAGAGACUAACCCUAACAUUAAGGAUUAUAGUUCCCAGGCGACUUUGAAUUCGGACAUAAUAUCAUCUGAUUUACCUCAAACAUCUUCUAUUAGUACUAGACAUGGUAGAGUAAUUAAUGUUCCAAGAAGAUUCUUAGAUUAA